AAACAUUAUCAUCACAUAAGUUAUUUCCAUCAUCUCAACAUAGAUAUAUACACAUAUAUAUAUAUAUAUAUAUAUAGCCUCCUAGGACUGAACAAAAAGGAGCCCUCUUUUCUGCUUUCUUUAUACUGUAUGUAUGUACUGUAACCAUUAUGAACUCAAAAUGAGUUUUCUUUAAAAUAUUAUAAUAUAAGAACGAACCCCUAAUCCUAUGUUUGCCUAACUUCUGUUGAUUUUCUUGAUCUACUUAAUCUUUCGAGAAAGUAAGUUAGAGAUAUGUUGGCGAGGGAACAUUUCCCAUAUAAUGUUAGUAUGAUACUUCUAUGAAGGUAAGGGAUCGAACCAUUGACAUUUAUGCUGAUAACCGAUAUUUAUAAUUAAAAAAUAACAUGGAGUCCACUAUUGUUAGAUAAUACAAAAUUACUAAAAAUUUGUUCCAAUUAAUGUUUCAUGCUGCUCAUUCUUUGACACUGCUAACGUGAAUUGCAAAUAAUUAGUAAAAAAGCUAUUGGAAUAUGGGAUUUUUCCUUGAACUUUCACUAACUAGUGUGCAUAUAAAUAUUCUAUAUAUAUAUAUGGAGCAGGGUGUACUUUUCUGACUUGCACAAGCUUUCCAUCUGAGCGAAGAAGUUUCAGUUGAUCAUCUCUGUUAACAGAUCAGAACACACGCAGUGUUGAAUGAAGAAUAAUAUGAAUAUGGACGAAGGGAUUUCUUCAAGAUUUUAUGUAAAACCGGCAGGAGGCGGCGGAGACGGUGGUGGAGUGGCCGGAAAAGGGAGUAUGAGCAGUAAAUGUGGGAGAUGGAAUCCAACUGCCGAGCAAGUAAAAGUGCUGACAGAGUUGUUCAGGUCAGGGCUUAGAACUCCGAGUAGCGAUCAGAUUCAGAAAAUAUCUCAUCAGCUCAGCUUUUACGGCAAGAUCGAGAGCAAAAAUGUAUUCUACUGGUUUCAGAAUCAUAAAGCUCGUGAAAGACAAAAACGUCGCAAAGUAUCUAUUUCUCUUGAUCACACUCAUCAUCAUCAUCAUCAUCAACAACAACAACACUUCAUUCUUCCACCUUGUUCUAACUAUUUUGCAGAUGAUCAGUCCACAACAAAUAAGGGUGGUACAAUGGAGUUGGAGCCAGAAAGAAUGAUGAAAACGCUUCAACUUUUUCCAUUAAACUCCAUUGGCGAAACAGAAGGAGAUAAUGAUCAUCAGUUCAGAGUAAAUGGGAAACAGUACGAGGAGGCAACAGCUUUCACCUACAAAAUAGGGACCAAAAUGGAACAUCCGCCAUUGGAUCUUCGUUUAAGCUUUCUGUAAAAAUCGAUGGCUGUUGAAAAAAAUAUGGUAAGACUGUUGUGUAGCAGCUGCUUAGGAUUUUAAUUAGUUUGAAUUUUUCCUUUUUUAUGGGAAAUGGAAAAGGGUUUGGACAUUCUCAAGUGCAUGCUCGAAACACGUAGAUGAUGAAUGAGAGUGGCGUUGGAUUUAUUGUUAAUCAGUGAAUGUUGGAAAUUGGGAAAUUCAAACGGGCUUUUAUCACGAGAAACCAAUGUGUGGAUUCAAUGCUUCGGAAUUCAUAAAAAGGGAAUUAUAAAAGCUAUUUUGGUCAUUCCUUGGUUUUGCUUCCCUUGUUAUUCAAUUCAAUUCAAUUCAAGUCAUUCCCCAUUUCAAUAUUGCCUCAGGCUCAC